UUAAUAUUUAAAAAAAAAAAAUUAUACCAACCUCUUUAAAAAUGGACAUAAAAACCACUCCACCACCUAAUCAAAACGCCGCCGCCACACCGACGGCCAAUGUGUCCGGUGUCUCUUCACCCCCCAACACACCUCCUUCGCCCAUGGCCUCGGCCGUCGCUGCCUCCAUUAGCGGCCUAUCCGAUGUUCAAAAGCAAACAUUUCAGCAUAUUUUUGAAAAAUUGGUUGUCAAUAGCGGCGGUUCCACUAAAGUUCCACCCAAGCAAUACGAAUACUUUCGCAAUCUCUUGGAGAAUGUUCGCGAUCCGAAAAAUAUUCAAAUGAUUGUGGAGAAAUUCAAAAAUCUCGAACAUUUGGAUACUCAAUUAAUUCAAAAUGGGAAUAAGAAUGCCGUAUUGGUUGAAGAUGACGAUAUAUCGAAUAAGGAUAGCGUCCGCAAAUAUGGGAAUACAAAUCAAACUUUAACACCCCGCCACACAAUUGAUGCUAUACUAGGAUUAAAGAAUCGACAACAUAUAAACGAAAAUGAUUCGGAUGAUGCCACCGAUUUGCGUUGUGCCAACAAAACCUUGGCUCAAUUACGCAGCAUGGAUAAUCAUAUGGCCACCUUAAUGCAGCAGCAUCAUCAACGCAACAAUACCAACUUUUCCCUGUCUUCACCCACCGGUGGUGGUGGUGGUGCAAAUGCUACGGCCGCAAUGCAUUUGGGUCCACCGCCACCGCAUCACCCACAUCAUAAUAGCGGCACCACACAUUCCCAUCAUCUAGGCUAUCACAAUACCUUAAUGAAUUUCCAGCAUCAUCAUCAACAACAUCAGCAGCAACAAUUUCCAGCCUCCACCAGCAACCAUCAUUCGCAUCAUCUGCAUUCGCAUCAUAUGCUAAACUCCCCAUAUAACAACAAUAAUUCUCCUUCCGAACACAGAGAUGAAUUUAGAGAUGGCGUCGGAGGCGGUGGUGGCGGCGGUGGUGUUGGCAUCAAUCGCAUUAGUCCUUCGAUGGCGUCUAGCAAUGAUUAUCUGAACUCUAUGCAUCAAAUGGUCGAAGCUAAUAAUUUGACACAAUUGCAGGCCAGUGAUCUGAAUUCGCAUGCAAUGACGCCACCACAGACAACGCCACCAACGCCUCCUUCAUUAGGCCAGACGUCGGGAGUCUAUCAUAGUCAUCAACAGCACUUGGCCGCUUUGGCGGCACAUGCCCAGGCCCAACAUGAUCACAAAUUUGCCAAGUCAUCGUCUGGUUCAAGUGGAUCAUCAGCGUCGGCAGCUGUUAAUUCGGCCACAGCAGCAGCCGCUGUAAUGGUGGCCUCUACAAUGGCUAAUCAAAUGUCUGCGGCAGCUUCAUCCUUUUACAGUGCUAAUGGUGGUGGUGGUGGUGGUGGUGGCGGAGGAGGCGUUGUUCCCCAUCUCUCACAAGCCCUACACGAUUAUGAUGAACGUUCCAUGUCAUCGCUAUCGAAUGGUGGAGAAAUCGAUGCCGACAUUACCGAUGAUGAGGAGCCUCAUGAUCUCAAUGACAGUCAUAACAUUGAUGUGACCUCCUCACCUCAAUCGCCCCACAUUAUCAUGCAUAACUUUGGCAAUGGCUCGGGUCUCAAGAGAAAAUCCAACUACUGUGAUGAUAUGAAUUCCCUUAACAACAAUAACAACAACAACAACAACAAUACCAACGAUACAGAAGGCUUUUCCAAAUCAUCGCUAAUGAAUGGCAAUUGCGAUGGUGGCUCGGGAAGGGAUAACUAUUCCAUGAAAUCUCAAUUUGAUGCUGUGGUAAGACCCCGUUCUUUGGAGGAUAUGCAAAGUUUUGGAGUAAAUGGCAAUGCUGAACAACAUUCAGGGGGCCAGUCGCAUAUGCAAUCACAACAACAUCAAUCAAAACAUUUGGAUGAUUAUGGUCGCAUGAGUUCGGGAGUUGGCUCUGGCGGGGCCAUGGGCAGUGGUUCGGGUGGCACUAAUGUUGCCAAUGGUGAGCAACAAGAUCGUCUAAACGAUAAUGACAGUCUAAUGAAUGGCAGUUGUGCCUCCAGUGAAGAUCUCAAUCAAACCAAUUCAAGUGAACAGGGCGAGAAGAUCACAUCGGGAAGUGAUGAUGAAGGUCAAGAUGAUAAUUGUUCGAAAAAGAAACAUCGUCGCAAUCGCACCACCUUUACAACAUAUCAACUGCAUGAAUUGGAAAGAGCCUUUGAAAAAUCCCAUUAUCCUGAUGUCUAUUCCAGGGAAGAGUUGGCGAUGAAAGUAAACCUGCCCGAAGUUCGUGUACAGGUCUGGUUUCAAAAUCGUCGUGCUAAAUGGAGACGCCAGGAAAAAUCCGAAAGUUUACGUCUGGGUUUAACUCAUUUUACCCAGCUGCCCCAUCGUUUAGGUUGUGGUCCUUCCGGAUUACCCGUUGAUCCUUGGCUAUCACCUCCUCUUCUAUCAGCAUUACCAGGUUUCCUAUCACAUCCCCAAAAUGUGUAUCCCAGCUAUCUAACACCGCCACUCAGUUUGGCUCCCUCAAAUUUGGCCAUGAGCAGUUUGGCCGCCAUGGGUCAUCAUGGGCCCAGUAUGCAUGGGCCCCCACCACCACCGCCCAGCGGACAUCAAACUCACGUUUUGCCUCCCAUGGGUGCUGGCAAUACGCAUUCCGGCCACCCGCACAUGUCCUUGGCACACUUGUCGCCGCAUUUGUCACGCAUGUCACCACAAACAUUGGCCUCAAUGCAGCCACAGAUAACUGUGGCCAAUUCCAUGUCCUCAACAUCCACCUCGUCUUCAAGUGCUUCGGCCACAAACUCGCCAUUGACCGCGCUGCCUCCACCAACGCUAACUGCAACACAGUCUGCAUUAUCGCCACAAAAUCUCACCACAAAUGCUGACAAUGAAACGAACAGCAGCAAAUGUUCCGGCACCAAUAUUGAGGUGGUGGAUGUGGGUCGAGAUAGUCCCAUACCUGCCAUAGGAAGUGCGAAUAGUAAUUCCUCAACGUCUGUAGCAGCGGCAGCAGCCAAUAACUCCAACGCAAUCGGCAAUAACUCAAGUUCGUCUACUACAUCGGGCUCAUCAUCCUCAAUAUCGCCGACAACGUCCUCCUCAAGUCAGCCUCAGCCACAGCAGACAGACAUAAGGUCAAAUUCCAUAGCAACAUUGCGCAUAAAGGCCAAGGAGCAUUUGGAGAAUAUCAACAAAAGUUUGACCAUGGUCUAAGGCAGAGCAAUAAAAACUUGAAAUCAACCCAAUUCACACACUCUCACUCACACACACCCAUACAUAUACCCCUCCCAAACUCUCACUUAAGAAAUCAUCAAAAAUACACACACCUAGCCACUAAGAAAGCAUUUUAGUCAAAUAGAUUUUAAAAGUAGUUUAAAAAGAUGUUCGUUUGUAUUGAUGUAUGAAAAACCGUAGCUGAUGUAAGUACCAUAGGACAGGACAUUUAGACAGACUGACAGACGAACUACCCCAAGGACAUAUGUACUUAAACAUAUCUAGAGUUAUGUGUAAACGGUAAUUCCUUUAGUUUGUAAUCAACAAUCAAAUCAAAAUAUUUUAUAGCUAAUAACACCUCCACCGCAGCCUCUGCUGGUUUUUAUAUUUUUGUUUAAUUUUUCUCUUUGGCUUUUGGUUCUUCCAUCCAUGGCCGACUUUAUUCGAAAACAGAAACAAUACUAUUUUCGCACCCACAAUGGGGUCUAAAUGGGGACCCCCCAUAAGGAUUUAUGUACUCGUAGCUAUACGAUAUUAUCAAAUAAUUUGUAGUUUUUAAUGUAUGAUACAAUUUUAAGAUGAUGAUA